AGUCGCCAUAAAGAAGUUGCUCUUGAAGGUAUGAUGCUCCUGGUGGCAGUCUACAUCACCACUGGCCUCCUGGUGCUGCUUCUACUGGGUGUUGUCGUGUUCUAUCUGUGGAGGAGGGUGAGGAGGAGGGCAAGGGAUCAAAGACAGUACCAGGAGUUGGUUGCCACCGUGCCCCCAGUGCCAGCAUGCACUGCUCCUGUCCUGCUGGUUUCUCAAGGUUCCUGGGUCAAGCCUGUUGAGAUCCCAUUCACGUUGCCUCCUCUCUUCACAACGUGGACCAAACUGGAAACUGAGGAGGGUGAGGAGGAAGUGGAUGUGAUGCAGACGGACGUUGUAACCCACAGAGGUUCUCUGUCAAUACAAAGUUGGCACCCGGUGGGGACGGUGCUCGCCGGCCUGUAUUCCAGCCCUGCUCUGAGCGAGGUGGUGGCGCCCCCGCCUGGCAUGGCCACACGCCUCUGCUUCUCGGUGGAGUAUCGUCACAGCAGCGAGCAGCUGUCGGUCUCCUUGAUCCGCCUGGGUAACCUCCCCCCUCGUUUUCAUGGAAACGUCACCCUUGUUCAGCUCCGUCUGCUCCCGGACGACCGGAGGCCCCGCCAGGCCAAGGCCAGGUGCACCGGGCCUGACCCGGAGUUCAACGACUGCUUCUUAUUCCAGGUGUCGGGGGCACGUGUGACCCACAGCAUCUUACGUGUGUGCGUGCUGAGUGUGUCACAUGACCGCAAACGCCACGUCGUGGGCAGGGUUCUGUUCCCCCUGCAGGGAGAACUGGGCCAGGCUGGCCGGGUCCUCUGGAUGGACCUGGAGACUGAAGACCACCAUCACUGUUCGGCGUGGGGGGACAUGCUGGUGUCUCUGAGCUACAGUCCGUCUCUCCAGCGCCUGUGGGUGGAGGUGGUGAGGGCUCGAGGACUGCAGCUGCUCACAGACUCAGGUGUGCGUGUCCAGGUGAGCUUGCAAAUACAUGCUCGGGUGGUGAAGAGUAAGCGCAGCGGCGUCGUCGAGGCUGACAGCGACCCAGACUUUGACCACAGGAUGACAUUCAAGCUGCGGGCCGAGCACGUGGACGAGGCUUGUUUGCAAUUUGUGGUGGAGCAGCCUAACGACAUCCACUCAGAAGCGUGGAUUCCGCUGGGGCUGCUGGUGUUGGGACCCUUCAUGUAUGCAAGAGGUCCUCAACUGCAGCACUGGAUGGACAUGGUGGACACGGCACAGCAACCCGUCAAAGCGUGGCACGGACUGGGCAGGGCCACUUGA